AUGGGAGAUCUUUUGUCUUUAUUCUGGGAGUUGGACCCUCCUCCCAUGCCCCUCAGUUUUAGUAUCCCGAGACAGGAUGCUGAGUGCCGGAAAGACGGGAAAGACGAUUCUUGUGGGAUAGUAGGAAGCUUUCUGCUUUGGUAUUUCGUCGUCAUACUGAUCCUCGUGUUCUUGUCUCGGGCUUCCGUCUGGAUGUCUGCCAGCAAGUGGGAUGAAGACGGUGGGACCAGUGCACCAGUAAGUCAAGCAAGUAAAGAAACUUUCUAUAAGCAACAAAGUAAAGACAGAUCCUGGGACUAUUCACAAGUGAUGAAGAAACCAAAGCAGAACCAACUUCCUGCCGUAACUGACUCUGAAAUAGCUUUGGUCAGUGCCUACCUUGAACAUAGACGAGCUAGGCGCCAUUCCCAGUUCCACCGGAAGAAUCAGAUCCAGCAAGACAGCGAUAGCACUGAGCGCGAAAAUGAGGAAUCCAACUCUGGAGCGUCCUCUUGGAAGGAGAGCGAAAGUGAACAGCCUCCAGCGCCCGCCAGUAUCAAGAGGAGAAGAUCAGCGUUGAGGCCAAGGGAUCUGGAAAAUUACCAAGUCAGAGAAAGGCCCUGCCUCCACUGCAGAGCCAUGAGAACCAAAGAAUGGCUGUCACGUCACUUCCCAGCAAGUACUUCGGUAACAACCCCCGUGACGGAAGAGAUUCAACAGGAGAGUCGGACACCUGGCAUCAACACAGCAUUAAGUAAAGUUUGA